AUGGCACCUGCACCGAACCCUCUGCCUUCCUUCGAUGAACUCCCCCUCCGAGAACGAGACCCACCAAACUCGGCAUGGGGGCUUUGGGGCGAUGGUCCAGAUAGUGCACUGGGAUCACUCAACUAUCUCACCGAUGAUUUGGUGCUGAAAACAAUCCAAGAUGAAGUAAAAACGGGGGAGAGAGUUGGUCUCAACCUUCCGCUGGAUUUAUUCAAUCCACCUCUGUUAGGCCGGGCCGGCUUUGAACAAAAGGUCAUUGAUAAAAGUCCACUAAUAGUGAAUGACGACGUGAUUAGUUUCAACACACAAGGAAGUUCCCAAUGGGACAGUCUCCGUCAUUUCGCCUACCAACAGGACGAGAAGUUCUAUAACGGAACUACACAGGCCGAGAUUCAUGCAAGCUCCCACACAUCCGUUAACAGCCUCCAAUCCUGGGCCCCGCGAGGUCUCGCCGGCCGUGGUGUCUUGAUCGAUUACUUUUCUUAUGCCCAACGGGAUGGCUUGCAUGUGCAGCAUUUUUCACCCCACGCAAUAUCACUAGAAAGCGUAUUGAGAAUUGCAAGGGAGGAAGGCAUUGAGUUCCGUACAGGUGAUGUACUCUUUUUGCGCACCGGAUAUGUUGCGGCAUAUAAAGAACUUGAUCAAGCUGGACGUGAAAGAGUUGCUGAUGUACGUGAGUGGUGUGGUCUGGGACAGUCGCGUGAAACGACAGAGUGGCUUUGGGAAAGGCAGUUUGCUGCUGUAGCGAGCGACUCGCCUGGAUUUGAAGUUCGACCGCCGACAGAGAAAGCAUGGCAUCUGCAUCCCAUUAUGUUGGCUGGUUGGGGGACACCACUGGGAGAACUCUUUGAUCUGGAUGCUCUGGCCGAACUGUGUGCGAAGAAUGGACGCUGGUCCUUCUUUUUUACUUCGGCUCCGUUGAAUUACACUGGGGCAGUGGCAUCUCCCCCGAAUGCGAAUGCUAUUAUGUAA